GUGCGCGGCCGGGAGCCGGGGUCGGCGGUGCCCAGCGCAGCCCCCCCGCGCCGGCUGCAGCAGCGCAGCCGCCCCCGCCGGGGUGCGCGCCCGCGGCGGCUCCGCAGCAUCGCCCGCCCGCUGCCCUCCGCGCCCGGCGCCAGGCCACCAGCGCAGGAGGGAGAUGCAGCCGCAGCCCUGAGUGGGUGCUGCCAAAGCCAUCUGUGACCCACCUCCACGGAGCCCAGCACCAGCCAUGAGCAGCUUCUUCUCACGCCUGGACCCACGGCGGGUGCCCUGGGGGGUGGCGGGCCAUGCCCUGCGUGCCCGCAUCCUGCGCACCAAGCCCGUGGAGUCGAUGCUGGAGGGCACGGGGACCACGGCUGCCCAGGGCACCCGGCUGGCCAAGGUCCUCACCACCCUUGACCUCAUCUCCCUUGGCGUCGGGAGCUGCGUGGGCACCGGCAUGUACGUGGUGUCCGGCCUGGUGGCCAAGGAGAUGGCGGGGCCCGGGGUCAUCGUUUCUUUCAUCAUCGCUGCUGUUGCCUCCAUCUUGUCAGGUGUUUGCUACGCUGAGUUUGGCGUGCGGGUUCCCAAGACCACAGGCUCUGCCUACACCUACAGCUACGUGACAGUGGGGGAGUUCGUGGCGUUCUUCAUCGGCUGGAACCUCAUCCUGGAGUACCUGAUCGGCACGGCCGCGGGUGCCAGCGCCCUCAGCAGCAUGUUCGACUCGCUGGCCAACCACACCAUCAGCCGCUGGAUGAUCAACAGCGUUGGGACGUUGAACGGGCUAGGGAAAGGAGAGGAGUCGUACCCUGACCUUCUUGCUCUGGUCAUUGCUGUCGUCGUCACCAUCAUCGUGGCCAUGGGGGUGAAGAACUCAGUGGGGCUGAACAACGUGCUCAACAUCAUUAACCUGGCAGUCUGGAUCUUCAUCAUGAUUGCCGGUCUCUUCUAUGUCAAGGGUGACAACUGGUCUGAAGGGCAAUUCCUGCCGUUUGGAUGGCCGGGGGUGCUCAAAGGGGCUGCAACGUGUUUCUAUGCCUUCAUCGGCUUCGACAUCAUCGCUACCACGGGAGAAGAAGCAAAGAACCCAAACACCUCCAUCCCCUACGCCAUCACGGCCUCCCUUGUCACAUGCUUGACAGCAUACGUGUCCGUGAGCAUCAUCCUCACGCUGAUGGUGCCCUAUGAUGCCAUCGACACUGAGUCUCCACUGAUGGAAAUGUUUGUGGCCCAUGGCUUCCAUGCAGCCAAGUUCAUCGUUGCCAUUGGGUCUGUGGCCGGCCUGACUGUCAGCUUGCUGGGCUCCCUCUUCCCAAUGCCCAGAGUCAUUUACGCCAUGGCUGGUGACGGGUUGCUCUUCAGAUUUUUGUCCCACGUCAGUUCUUACACGGAAACUCCCGUAGUGGCUUGUAUUGUCUCUGGAUUCCUCGCAGCUUUGCUCUCCUUGCUGGUCAGCCUGCGAGACCUGAUAGAAAUGAUGUCCAUCGGCACGCUGCUCGCCUACACGCUGGUCUCCGUCUGCGUCCUGCUCCUCCGAUACCAGCCCGAGAGCGACAUCGACGGCUUCGUCAAAUUCCUUUCUGAGGAGCACACCAAGAAGAAGGAGGGCAUCCUGGCCGACUGUGAGAAGGAAGCUUGCUCCCCAGGGAGCGAAGGAGAAGAGUUCACCGGUCCACCGACCAACACGUGUGGGGCCAAAAAUCUGCCAUCGCUGGGGGAUAACGAGAUGCUAAUUGGGAAAUCAGAUAAAUCCACCUACAACGUGAAUCACCCCAAUUACGGCACAGUCGACAUGACCUCAGGGAUAGAGGCAGAUGAGUCUGAGAACAUCUACCUCAUCAAGCUGAAGAAGUUGAUCGGCCCUCGCUACUACACCAUGCGCAUCCACCUCGGACUGCCGGGGAAAAUGGACCGCCCCACGGCGGCCACCGGCCACACCGUCACCACCUGCGUGCUCCUGCUCUUCGUCCUGAUGGUCAUCUUCUGCUCCUUCAUCAUUUUCGGGGCAGACUACAUCUCUGAACAGAGCUGGUGGGCUGUCCUCCUUGUCGUGCUGAUGGUCCUGCUGAUCGUCGUGCUGGUGUUUGUGAUCUUGCAGCAGCCGGAAAACCCCAAGAAGCUGCCCUACAUGGCACCUUGCCUGCCCUUCGUCCCUGCCUUCGCUAUGCUGGUGAACAUCUAUCUCAUGCUGAAGCUCUCCACAGUCACGUGGAUCCGAUUUGCCGUCUGGUGUUUUGUGGGUCUGCUCAUCUACUUUGGCUACGGGAUGUGGAACAGCACGCUGGAGAUCAGCGCCCGGGAGGAGGCCCUCCAUCAGAGCACAUACCAGCGCUAUGACGUGGACGUCGACCCUUUCUCUGUGGACGACAGCUUCUCCUACGCCACUGAGGGUGAGGGCUACCCGGGCUGGGACCCCUCUGAGGACAAGGCCCUCUCGUACCAGCAAAUGGCGGGAGCAAAGGAAAGCCAUCGGACGAGUAGCAGGUCGAAAAGCAAAGGCAGGCACAAACCGCCGUCAGAGGCUCUCAUCGCCAACGACGAGUUGGACUACUCGCCUGAGUAGUGGGGCAGGCAGCGGGGCACCGCACCACCCAGGCAAUGAGGAAAGGUCCCUGUGGCUCCCCCGUCCUGCCCCAUCCUCCCUGGGUCCUCCACCACCACCCCGCUCUCCUCUGGUUCUCGGGACACGCUCUGCAACUGCCGUUGACCCCAAACCAAACACACUCGUGGCCCGUCCCACUCCACCGGUCAGGUCUCGCUGUGCUGAAUGCUGGCUGAUGCCCCGGCGCAGGCUGAUCUCCUGGCACCAGCCACACUGGUGGAGGUGGUGGAGUGGGAGAUGUGCCAAACUGGGAGGGUGUUGGGAGGUGGAAGGAACUGUGUGAGGGGAUGACACAAGUUGUCCCUGGGGAACGUCCACCCAAUGGCCACAACGGUGGGAUGCCACUCUUAGAUUUUUGGCACUUUCUUAGCAUGUGUGUUUUUUUCCUUUGAACCACCUAGGAGUAACAGCUGAGCCAGAGGGACAGACAGGUAGGUAGGUACGAAAUGGAGAUGGACAAACCCCUUUUGAGGGAGUCACUCAGAGGUGGAUCCAGAGAUGCUGGUCCCAUCACAGAGCAUUUCCAUGGCCCAUUCUGGAGCAAAGGCACUUGGUGCACACAGCAGUGCUACCCCCCGUGUCCAUCCCCAGGCAACCCAAAUACUGUGAUUCAAAAUUAGUUCCUGUCUCAAUCAAACCUUGAGGUCCCAGCAUGGCCGAGCAUCUGGAACGUGCAGUUGGGAGCGUGGUCCCAAUGCUGGUCACAGCAAGAGCUGUGACCCACUCUUGGCCCAACCCACCUUGUGCAAGAGGUCAAUGAGGACCACACACCGUUUCUCUGAGCAUCUCUGAGGCUGGGCAUUGUUUCCACCACAUUGUGUCUUCUACAAAAGUGACUGUGCUGCAAUUCCCUCACUGUGGUGGGCACAUUCCAGUGCUCACUCUGGCCUGAGUGCUUCAGGAACGCAUCCAUAGCCCUGCAGAACCGCAUCAUCCACAGGUCAGCCGUGUCUCGGCAGGGCUGGGCCGUGUGUGGCAAAAGGAAAGGACUCAGCUGCUGAAAUCUCCCUCCCUGCUGCUGUCUCCACCUUGUACCAUUUUCUCUGCUUCUGACCCUGGCUUGGUGGAUGCUGUAUGAAAAACACUGAAACACUGCUUGUUCUAUAAGUGUCGGUAUUUCAGUUUGAAACCAAACAGAGCUGGUGGCUCGCAGGGCAGAGCCGGUCGGCAGGUGGGUGUUUCUCAUAGUUAAACCUUUCAGUAUAGCCCAAGCAUGGCUCUGACCCCCAGCAGUGACGGAACGUUCCCUGCCACCAGCAUCCCUGCAGCAGCAUCGGUGGUGAUGGGGUUUGGUGGCAGCCACCGUCUCCCGCAGCACGGAGGGCAGCUGUGCUGACAGCAGGUCCAGCUCUGGAGCCCAUCACCAACAUGCAUAGUAUAAAACACUGCAAUGGAGGAACAUCUUUUUAAAUAAAUAAAUAAUAAUGAAGGGAAAACCCCAUCAGACAGUGACACCCAUCCUCCUCCAAAGGCUGCAGCUGGAUCCAUCCCCAGGGCUCCCCUGGAGCAGCCCAGACAGCCCCCAAUACCAGGGGCUGAUGCUGGCGCUCUAGGGGACAAUUUAACAUUGGUAGGGGCAUGAGGAAGGAUUUGCAACAUAUGAUGCUGAGAACCAUUAACCCUUUGGUUCACUGGAUGAGGCUCAGCUCCCCAAAACACAGCAUGGAGCCUGCCUGGCAUCCUCUGCAGGCAAGCGGGUUGCUGCGUGCUGAGAGUGCCUGGACCCAUGCCUGUCCCCGUCGGUCCCGGCGCUCAAGGGCUCGACGGAGAGGCUCUGCCCGUGGCUGCAGAAGUUUCCCUGCAGCUCCUGUCCCAAAUGGUGACAAACUACAGUCCUUUUCCCAGUGGAAAAGAGCAUCUGAUUCUGCAGAUCUUAAUCCAGAGCACCCCAGGCAAGUCAAGGGAAGUUUGGCCUCUGCCAGGGCUUCAGGAUGGGAGCAAGGAUUUGGCAGAAGGACCUGGAAGCUUUGAUCUAGCAUCCCCUCCCGCUGCCUGCCCCUACCACACUUCUACAAGCAGAAAUCCCAAGUAUGUCCCACUGAAAAGCUGUUUGCAAUGUGCACACCGCUGACGGGCCAGCUCAGGAAACCUUCCUGGCGGUGCCGAGUGCCUCUCGCGAAAGUCACCUCUCACUCACGCUUGGCCGCUCCCACCCUUGAUGCCUUAGAAGUACCCAAGAGAGAUGGCACCUCGCAGGUCUGGCUUUACAUUUUCAGGGAGAAAGAUUAACGCUAAAUUCCUACCAGCUCUUGUACUUACCAUAGCCAAGGUAGUCUUCGUUCUGCUUCUGCACGGUACUUGGGCAUCUGCCGAACCACGACCUCCUGCCCCAGUACCCUGUCGAAUCGAAGCCUGUUAUUCCUUCUGCAGCCUUAAUCUCUCGCUGCAGAGCAGUUACCAGUACCAGUGUCUGUUGUCAUGUCUGCUCUAGUUAUGCCGUAUAAUUUGACGAGGGCUUGAUCCCUUGCUCUUUGGUGUCAGUAGGAACCUCUCGGUUGGAACCAUGCAUCAAAUGAAGCCCUUUGGCUGCUCCUGUUCCCACCCUCCUUCCCCUUCCCACGGAAGUGCUGGGGCAGGGCGGCUGUGCCACGUCCCCAAGACCACUGGGAAACAGCAUUUGAUGCCACGGCACCAUCUGAUGCAGAUGGGCUGCCAUCAGCCCUCGCCGUGUUGGGGAGUGGGAGCCGGAUCUUUCUCCCAAGGCCACCAUAUCCCACCUUUCAGAGGUGUGUAAGGAGAAGGUGGUUGAGCCACAGGUUGGGUCUUGCCUGGGUUUGCCGGCGGCCGGUGCCCAGGGAGGUGGCUUUGAAGCGGGGUGUCCCCACCCUGCGCCAGGUGGCAGUGCCUGGGGGACACGCGGGUUCAGCCUCCAUCUGGGAGAUGCACGCUUCCCUUGUAGCAGGUGUCAGGGUCUUCAACGGGCACAAGCAGAAGCUGCCAAAGCCAAAAUGUUCUGGCGUGCCCACCGCCUCUGGGCACCGCUGGCCCCGGGGGGCAGCUUCGGAUGCUGGGAGGAGGCACAAGUGCUUGUUUUGCUAUAACCCCAAAAUGCAGCCUUUCCCCCUGGGUGCCCUCAGGGAGGUUCUCACACCCCUGAGCCAUCGGGAGGACAUGGGCAGAACGUGUGCAUCCCGCUCCCGCCACCGGUGAGAGGCACAGAGCCCUUCAGCCUGACCGCCCUCCGCUGGGAGGGACCCCGGGGAGCCCAAUGCAUGAUACAGACGGAGCAUCAAUACCUCUGCCCUUCCAGCUGGACUCUGUACGGUCUCGGUCCCUCCACAGAUUCACUCCGCACGGUUACAACCACUUGGUGUGAGGCCCAGCACGCCGGCAUUCCUCCACACAGCAGAGAAAUCACUCCCUGAACGACGUGGGAUGUUGUAAAUCCAGCUUGUAAAUGAUCUUCAUUUUGUUUUGUUCGGUCUUUCUGAUGUAUAUCUUGCUUUUUUUUGCAGAUGGUACUUUCUGGUGUAACAAUUCUCUGCAGUUCUGGUAUGAAAUCGGUGUAUUUGUUAAAAAGUUUGUUCUAUUGGGUUGUUUUGUUUUGGUUUUUGUUUGUGGUUUCCAGAAGCCCAUUGGUGCACUGUACAAUGGGAUCUUGUAGUGUGUCAUGAGAAAGAAAAAAAUAUGCAGAUAUGUUAUGGAGUGAUUUUUAUUUUCAAAUGAUUGUGUUAUUGACUACUAUACAUAUUAUAUAUAUAUUAUCAAGAUACUAAGAAAAAAAAAUCUAAAUUUACCAAAAUCUGUAUAUUUUAAUAAAUGCAUAAAGCUUUAUUGUGUGCCUUUACAUUUAAAAAUCAAACAGGAACUAAGGGAUUUCUAAAGAAAGCCAGAGACAGAUGUGUCUUAGUAUCAGUUUCCAUAGUAAUGUAAACCUUUGAAAUGAAAGACCAAACCAAAAAAAUAAACAGAAGAAAACUUUCCCAUGUAAAUUUUGUUAAGCCAAUCAGUACCUGAAGGUCCGAUAUUUUUUCAAUGCUAAAUCAAAGCUAGAGAUGAACAAACCUUGCCAUAAGUGCUGCAAAAUUUCCUUUGUAGAAGAUCCUUUUCCGUGGGCUGACUUUGGUAUUUACUUGCACUGUUGUGGAAAAAAAAUGGUUAUCAGUUUGCACAAUAAAAAAAUACAAAGAAAACCCCAAACUAAAGCCAAUGACCACAGGUUGACUGUUGCAGUGUGAAGCUCUAGGCAGCACCAACGUCUUCCCAUCUGCUCGCAGUGCUGGUGGCACCCACCUUUCCGUGGGGUGACUGGGGUGUCACGGUGCUGUCACCCCCCUGCAUGGGCACCGGGGCCACAGGGAGGCAGGCAUUGCUCACGGGGCUGCAGCCACCUCUCCACUUCGGGGUGUGCAUGGGCUCCCUCCUGUUAUUCCUGUUAUUUGGGGAGUGGGGAGGCUGCCAGCACGCUCCCCAUCACUGGGAGCAGUAGCUGGUCCUGGUAGAGCUGGGGAGAGCUCCACUGGGGCAUCAGGGAGCACCACCUCCAUGCCAAGG